UUUUUUGAUUGACUCCUUUUUGAUAAUUUCUAUAAAUGUAUGACUCCUUCCUUUUUCUACCUGAUUCGUGUUUACACCCUUUACCUUUGACCUGGCUUAAUGGAGUAAGCUUCUAGAUUUUAGUAUUCCAUAGCAUAUUGUGAUCUCUUUAUGAAUUCUUUCAACCACUGCUUCUGAGACUAGACAUUUCGAAAAAAUGAAGAAGAAACGCAGCAAUAUUCAACCUCCUAGCGCUUCGCGCAAGCGUGAUCUACCGCAAGCACGGUUAGUCGUACAGGUUCUCAAUGAGUCUCUCCCCAAUGUGCCUAAUGCUGGCGGCGUCUAUGAGAUCGACUUGCUGGACUAUCUGGAUGAGAUCGCGCGUUUCCGUAUGCGCGACAAGCGCUACCCCAGUUACUGUAGGCCAGCGCCUGCGAGUGAUCGGGAACAACAAAUAAAUGGUGCUCCCGUAGCUACGUUUGGUGCGCCCGCGGGCCAGAACAAUUAUACUUAUGGUGCAGGCUGCUCGGGAGUUGACCAGGACACGAUGAUGGGCAUGGGCAUGGGACCUCCCGAUAUAUCUACGUUCCACCAAUAUGAUCGUACUAGCAAAGGCGCCAUGAAUAAACGAGGCGGUUUCCGAUCUUUGGACAUUGCGGACGCGGACGUGAGUAUAGUGGAAAUCACAAAGGAGAAAAUGGACCAAGAUCCUGGAUUCACAAGAUCGUACCCUGCUCAAAAUGGAAAUUAUGGGAGAGCAGCAGGUGCUCUGAGAAAUCAACAACAUGGCCAUCAGCAUCAUGGAUCUCCCGCAGCUGCAUUAGACGCUGCUAGCACUUUAACGGAUAAUUCCAGUUUCUCAGAGGGUUUCCUAGUCCGGGACGACGAAAGCAGGCCGUUCUUAGACAUGCAAAAGCGAAAUCGCAAACCGGUAUCAAAAAGAAAAUUGCCUCUGGUACCCGGCGGAGAGUUGGGGUCUCAAGCUUCGGCAGCAGCUGCCCAAGGAACCAUGCGCUCAGGGAAUGCCUAUGCCACGAAGGAGAUGAACACCUCACGCUCACCCAAUUAUAUCAUGGAUGUUGACCACACUAUAUUCUACGCAGAGGACGACCACAAUGUUGAAGCUGAAAUAAGUAGGCAUGCAGGAGAAGGUGACGAGGAUACUGGUCCUCAGGAGGGACUAGAUAACAGGGAAAAUGAAGAUGACGAAGGACCUGGGGACUCAGCUGAGGAACAUCAGGAGGAUGAUGCCACUCGAGGCCGUCCCGAUCGGAGAGGCCGCAAAGAGCACACUCCGCAGAAGGGGAGUAGAGUAGCCAUUCACGCUCACACAGGAGAAAAUAUUGGCCAGCCACCUCGUUAUCACGGCAGUCGUGCUCCUGGUAGACGAAAUGCUCCAGUUCAAAACUUAGCUGAACUGAGACAACCUCAUGUAGCCGCGGAUCCUUAUGAUUUGGACCCUAUAGAACUCCUUGAAACGCUGACACCCGAAGAGGCAAAAUACAUUAUCUCUCUCGAGUUAGGUUACAAAGUAUGGCGAUGUGGCUUGGUGCCGCAGCACUUGAUGGAACUAGUGGCUGUGACAGAAGACAGCAGUCGACACGCGGCUGAGUUCAGGUUGAAGCGAACACAGAAUCCGGCUAUUGCAAGCGUUCUGUCACGAAUCAACAGGGCUGGUGGAUACCAGCCAGCAUUGCUGAAAGGCCAGUCGCGAGAACGAGUUGGGGAGAUUUUGAAUGGCCUGGCGGACGCUAAUAAAGGUGUUGGAGGCAUCAAUGGUAGUGGUUCUAACGGAAAACACCAAGGCAGCGGUUCCAACAUAGAUCAAUCGAUGCUCUUCGACGGAGAUAUCGACUUCGAAGAAGCUGGUCCGGGUAUCGUGCGGACCUCUGGCCGUCUAGGCCCGAUGCGCCUAGGCGCUGUUGAGGCUGAGUCUGCUUUCUCCAGUGUAGUAGGCAGACAGCAGGGACGCGGAGAAGUCGUGAAGAGUAAGAAGAGUUUGUCCUCGAAGCACCACAAAUCGUCCACGCAGGAAUCUGAAGCUACGACAAGCAAAAGCAAGCGGGACUACGCGCGAACUUUAACUGUUUCUGAGCAAGAGGAGGACAAACGGCGGUAUGGCGAAUUACUCAAGUAUGCCAGAGCCACGCGGUGGAACAGCAUCGGCAAAUUAGGCGUAGCUGUUCCCGCUGAUGAAAUCAACUUCAGAGAAAGCGACGCUGGAGCUUUGGAGGAAAAGUACCCUGCCAUGGCGUCUGGCGCCCGUGCCGUAACCUGCCGUCACGGUAAACAACUCCUAGUGUUUCUGCCACCGCAAACACCAGAAAUGGAGGGACGGUUGAAUCAAAUGGCUACUGCGCCUCCCAUGCAGUAUCCUCCAGCACCACUCUACACCAAUGGCAGCAUCGCUUCGCCUUUUUCGCCCUUCGUGAUGGGCCAAAACGCGAAUCUGCAUCCAGCAUUGCUACAGCAACAGCAUAUGCAAAUCGUAGCAGGGAGCUUUCCUCCGAUUGGCGCUAUUGGGGUCGGCUCUUCAGGAUUGUACCACACCAACCAGAUAAGCACGAAUAUGAAUACGUUCGGAGGACAUCCGCAUUUCAACGCUGUGGACAGUAUGACGUUGUUUGCUGACGGCAGCCGCACCUACUACGUCCCGCAAACUCGGGAUGCCGAUCGCGCCUUAACCGGUGAUAUUCCAGGCUGCAAGACGUGGCGGUUCGACCUGUUUAAUGAAGAAAUGACCAGGAACUCAUUGCGCAUGCUAGAGUUUUUAUCGCAGUAUAGGGUUGUGGACAGCACAGGUCCUGCAACGGCAAGUGGUGAUAUGCAUCCUGGAGCUGGUGGUGGUGCGGGAUUCAACGGAGGUUUCCAGAACUACGGCUCCGAUUUCAACACUUCUUCAACUAACCGCCUCAUCGACCAAACCAUGUACGCAGAAGAGGAGAGAGACGAAGUAGCCUAUUCCUCUGAUGAGGACGAAGAAGAAGACGGAGGUCGUGACCAGAAGAACAAAGUGGGAGGUGGUGCUGAAACGACAAGAAAAGCCAUGCGAGCCGGGCGAUUGGUGACAAGGUUGGUUCGUCAGAUUGAAGUCCUCUUGUUUGUCAGUAGUUGUAAGUAUGUUUCAGUGGAAUUGUACGAAGCGAGUCAGUCUGAAGGCAUGAUCGCGAAAACUAACGAUUGGGUCGUUGACCAGGAUGAAGAAGGCGAAGAAGAAGGAAAUGCUAACGCUAAGGCUGCUGCCGGAGCUGAUGGUGGGAAAACAUCGAAAGCAGACGCAAAAAGAAAUCCUCAAAAGGGAUGUGGGAGCCCUAGUGUGAAGCUGGCUAUUGCUUGUGACCCUCCUCAACAGCUCCAAAUGAACCCUUAUCCUUCCGCCCGACUAGUGCGCGAAUUACUCCAGCGUGUCAAUUCUUUGUCGCAUGCACGUGAGCUUGUCUAUGCCAUGCGAGCUGACGACCUAAAUUCUGUGGAUCGCAAAGGCAACAACAUCAUUCUCAAAGCUUUUCUCUCUGCCGCAGCCCAUUUUCCGGAGAAGCAGCAAAUCAUCUGCCAAGCAGUUCUGGAACAGUGUCCCAGAUUCGCGUUGUUGAACAACGUAGACAGCGAGGAUGGUAGAACUUUGCUUCAUUUAGCUGCCUUGCACAAUUGGGGAGAAACUAUGACGAAACUUCUAGGUGCUCAGGGAGAGUGGAGGAUGGAGAGUACUAACUACACUCGUUCGGCUCUGUUUCCACCGUUGCAUCCCUUUGCUGGCCGUGACGCAGCUGACCGACGCGGCAACUCGUGCAUGGUGGAAGCCGUGGACCGCAACGACGGUCGGACGAUCAUGCUAUUGCUGAAAUUCGCUUUGGAAACUCCGGAGAGACGUGUGGGGUGGCGCACUAUUCCAACUGCACAGCCUGGUGCGAAUGACGAAGAUGAUGACGGCGAUUCCACAAUCCGCAGUCUCGCUGAACCCAAUGUUGACAACAGGUAUGCUUUAGGUAAGUCUCUGCCAGUUGGGUUGACGGGAGAAACAAGCUUCUACAAGGAGAAUUUAGAGGCGAACCACGACAGUGCGGGCAAUUUGAUUGAAUUCCCGUUAUUGGAAUCAACUACGCGUCAGGGACACAGUCUGUUGUUGCACGCGAUCUACAAAAGACGAGAGGGCGUGGUCUUGAAGAUUUUGACCGAAAUUUGCUUGUUGAUCAAACGCUGUGCGACCAACAACUGGCGUGACGAUCAUGCACAGAAAAGGUCGAAACUGUCGGACAACUUAGUAGCUGGCAGGGCUCACAGCAGGUACUCACCAGAAUAUCAAAUGCCACCUUCUCAAACUUUCCCCAACAAACCGGGUGUGCAAAUCCGCGGUUACUUGGGCACGUCGCAGCCUGUCGUUUUUCAGGACCACAAUAUCGCGACUGGUGGUGCCUUGCCGAUUAUGGAGCCAGGUGGAGAAUUGCCAGCUUCCUCUGCCGUCGGCGCCCAAUAUGCACGUGUCCCUCACGGUGGGGCCACGUUUUACGAGUCCGACCCCCACCGCUGGCCAGGCAAGAUCCCUAAACAACAUGCAGGGAAUAAAAACGAGAUUGUGAACGUGAAUUUGGGCAAUCAAGGAGUACAUGUGUCAGAUUUUGACCAUAAUCGUCGAGUCUAUAGGAAAAACCCCGCGACGGGAAAGCUAGUUCCAGUUGAAGGUCUGAUUCCGCCAGUUGAGAAAGCGAUCGCACAACGCGCGAUGGCAGGUGGAAGUCACAUGCACAGCCAGUUUUCAGAACAGCAAUCUACAAUGACAGUCCACGGUUUUUCUGGUGUCGGACCUUCGAGUUUGAUGGGUAUGUAUCGGCACCGAAACACUACGGACAAUGUGUCAGCGGCCUUGCAGCAGCAAUACGUGGAUCCCAGGAUUACGGAUGACUUCCAAGAGCUAGUGGUGAAGCCCAAAGACGCGGAUCCGGGAGUUUAUAGGAAAUUGCUUUUCGACCUGCUCAAUUUCCGCGAUCAAGACGGUCGAACCUUACUCUCAGCAGCCUGUAGCAUGGGCAUGGUGCGAGUUGUGGAAGUUCUCCUUGGUGAACUGGAUGAAGGGCAUAGCCUGAACAAUCAGGGGAUCACUGCUGCGCAACAACAACCGCGCGGAGCUGCAUCUGUGUCGCCACAACGCGGCCAACCAAGGAAGACCAACAAAGCAGGGGGUCCUCGUGGACAAUUCGAGGAUCACUUCCCAGCAGGACCGGAGGCUGUUGUCCGAGAGGGUUUACGCCGUUCCUCCUCUCAAAUGGCAGCCGAACGUGGCUACGCUCGUCCCGCAGAUCCUAGUGCUGCCUAUUUGACAGCCCUUCUGAGGCCUUGCGGGUUCUUGUUCACCGAUGACAGCGUAAACGCGGUGGAUUUGUUUGGCAAGAACGCUUUGCACUACGCCAUCGCCAGACGCGAGUACGAGAUUUGCAAUUUAUUGUUUUUCUCGCGAAGAUUUCGCGCUUACGAUGAUCCAGAGAUCGCACGCUAUUUCGCGGAGCGCCAUUACAAAGACAUCGUGCCCUUGAUCCCGAGGUUACUGGCGAAUUUGGAGAAACGACAACUGCAGAACGACAAACGGGAACGUUUGGCACGGAAGCGUCAGACGAAUGUGAACAUGAAGGGUCGAGGCAACAAGGGUCUUUUAGAUCAUCCGAAGAAUGAAGAAUACGAGGAUGAGGAUGAUGAAUUCGACGAUUUAGAGGACUUGAUUGGAGACGGUUCUAGAGUGGACGUUGGAGAACGCGCAGCUCAUGAGCGGAUGAAAAGCGACCUGCCGUCUGCUCGAGGUGGAAAGAGAAAAGGUGGUGGUCAAAAGAAGAAGCGAGUUGGAGCUUCUGCGAACCUGAGAGAUGCAUCAUCUGCGAUCGGUGCAUCAGAACUGCGUGGCGAAUCCGGAGCUUCCGCGAACCAAGAAGCAUCCCCUACUUCUCAGCCCGUGACGUCUUCACAAGAACAGAGUAGAAAGAGUGCCCGCUCGCCGCGUGCUAUGGGGAUUGAUACCCUUGGACUUGGCAACGAACAACAGUUUUCCGAAGUAGAUCCUGAUCUUCAUGUGAGUGCAAGUCAGAGGCUUCCACACAUUAGGGCAUCCGCAUCUGGCUCUCCACCGCAGCACCUCCCAGUCUCCUCACAGCCUCCUUCCGCGCCGUUAUCACCAAUAGCUAGGGUUGAUGUUGGGGACGCGCGUGAGAUGUUGAGUCCGAAAGGUGGGUCCAAUAGCCGAAUGCGCCUCCCUCCUGCCAAACGACCUGAAAAUCACAGUAGUAGUAUGCGCACUAGGAAUCAUUCGGACAAUCGUUCUCCACCACCGCAAGCUCCACCAUAUUCUGGUAGUACUCGUUCUCAUGAUCAUCUCGCUUCUCGCGGUAGCGAAGGUCAGUAUAGCAGGUCCGGUCAUCACUCUUCUCAAGAACGUGAGACCAGCAACGACGAAAGUCGAGCCUCUCACCGGCAAGCACAACAAAACUUCUACAACAACAGCAAUCGAGGACAUGAUGGUGCAGCUAUUAAAGGUCCUGGAGGUGCUGGAGGAGUGUUUCUAGAAGACGAGGAGCUUGAAGAUUUUAGAAGUGACGACAUCCAUGAUGAAAGCAUUCCACGAGUCUUGGAGGACUCAGUCGUUGACACCAGUCAUAUGGACACUUUCUACAGUCGACGUGGGGAAGGAGCUGAUGAAGGGAGACAUGCGGCAGCGCGGCCAGACAGUGAACAGGGCAUGUUGAAGAAUGACCACAACGUCGCGUGCUGGAAUAACAGCACGACUUGGUAUGAUGUCGAAGACAUGUCGGCAUCUUCUCUAUCCAAGAAUAGAAGGGGUCGUAGUCCUACUGCCAGGCCUCGGGUAGCGAGUCCGGCUGACGAUGUGCCGAGUGUUUUGCUGUCGUUGCCGAGUAAUCUGGCUUCUCCAACGUCAGGACGUGGAGGUUCUCUACAACUCGAAAGAGCAGCGGGUGGAAGUCCAAAUCAACAUAGGAGAAAUAACGCCGCGUCAAGAAACUUUCUUUUCUUUGAAGGUGAGCAUGAAGCUGAAAACCUUGCUUCAGAGGACGCGGAGGAAGGCGAAACAGAGCAAGUAUUAGACGCACCAGAGGAGAAUGAAGAGUUGCUGCGGUCACUUUUUGGUGAAGAAGAAGAAGAGCAGCAAGGCAUAGAACUCGUACUUGAAAGCGAAGACGAAGAAAAUGUUUCAGUUCAAGCAUCUCCUGUGGUCGACGAACAAGACGAUGUUCUCUCCAUUUCUAGUCCACACAGUCCACAGCAGGAGCUUUUUGAGGGUACCCACCACAUGCCCUUGAGACUCUCUGGUGGCUUACCGAGUAACAAGGCUGCUGACCAUCGUAAACGAGGAGAUCCAACUCCGAUCCAGGAAAUAAAGCAGCCGAUGGGUUGGGCCGGUACUGACGUGAGCGUGCGGGAUCGAUUGUUUGGGGAUGAAGCAGAUUCCGACUCCCUAGAUCGGGAAAAACGAAAGGCCAGUAGUGCAGAUCUCCUUGUCGAGGAACGCAGUGAGGGCAGUGAAGAUAGCGUCCCGUCAUCCGGAGGCCCUUAUCAGGGACAUCCCUUGCAAUACAAGGAUGAAGAAAAGACAUUGGGACUGUCGAGGUCUAAUGGGUUCAAUGCUGGUGGUGGUUCCGCGAAAGAAGAGGAGGACAAGCGAAAUAGUAGCGAAGAAACAAGUUGUACUUCUAAGAUGAACAAGAUUGGAAAGCCUCCCGCCGCACCGAAAGUGAAGCGCACCAACGUCAAGAAAGACCAUGGCUUGCCUAAGGAUAAGAAACUUGUGAUGUCAAAGGAGACAUCUUCCCCCAGUGCACCUCAUCUGAGCACGAAGCAGCUAGUCGAUGGCUACGCUCUAUCGCAGUUUGAAAAAGCGGGCUGGAGCAAUGUGGAUGGCUACUUCCGACAAGCUCAUCCUUCGCUCAACGUACCACGUAAGAGAAGUGUUGAAGAUUACGAUGAGGUUUUCCGAAUCACUUACGGAGGAGCUGUGGCGCGGAAUGUUUAUACCGAGAAAGGAGCCCUAGAAGUCGGACUCUAUGACGAAGCUAUGGAACUAAGCGGAGUCUCUGACCCGGUUCUAGAUGAUCCUGGGUUUGGUUUAGACACCCGCGAACAGGGCUUCUACACGCGCGAACUGUGUCGGGAUAGCAGUGGCAAUGUCAUUGGCUUCAAACAAGCGGCUGAACGAAAGUCCGAUAAGAAGGAGUAUGAACAACGACAAAGAGUUAAGAUGGAGCAGAAAAAGGAGAAACAGCAACAGCAACAAGCGCAAAAGAAACAAGAGGAAAUGGCUUCUCAACAAGCUGCACUUCUGCCGAAGAAGAAAGUAGACCAUGCUUCCCUCCAUCGUGAUGUCAUAGAGCAUCAGAAAGUGCGCCGAAACUUCUUUGUAGACCUGAAAACUGGAAAGGAACUGCCCAAAGGCGUACGAGUCACGCAUCUGACAAAGGAUAACCACGUCAUCGAAUAUUACGACGUCAAUGUUGGUCCAGGACCAGGUGGUCCUCUUUCUCCUCAUUUAGAGGUGGAGAAUCAACAAAAUGUCAAGACGCACAAGCCACGAGCGGGCCAACAACAUUCUGGCGUGUCUCCGGGUGACGCAUCUACCACCGACGAUGGUGUAACACCACAGGAUCAUAGUGAUGCUGCCUCAACUGCGGAUUCUAGUGAAAGUCCUCAGAGGACUAGCUAUGCUAACCCAUACAGAUGCAGCAACCAGCCCUACCAGUAUCUUGGGAAGAAAGACGGCAGGGAUUACUAUCUAGCGACCUUGAAUCAAGGGGACGACUACGUGAUCGCAAGUACCACGAAGCCAGACGACGUGGACGCGUAUGGGAACAAAAUUGUCAGCGAAGCCGAACAUCCUAAGAAUGCACGUUCAACGUUGAAACAACAACAAAGUGCUAAUCAAAAGGCCAAUGCAGCUAACGCUAAGGGUAAGAAAGGUAGCAGUAGCACACAAGCACAGUCACAAGUGCCGGAGAAGGAAAGAGAAAAGAGCUUCUUAGUGAAAGCACACAUGGGUUCAGCAGCAUAUGAGCCGCGGGCUUUUCUAGCCAAAGUGCACGAUCACUCUCAAAGGCCUGCAGGAGUCCCGAUUUUGCCACCUGUUAUUCCUGGUGUAGGUGGCGCCAUUCCCGAAAGCGAUAUGCACCAGAUUUUCCCACCCUCUCUAGCCCGCGGAACAACGGAACAGCAAAGGCUACAUCCUCAGAAACAGAGGAGACAGAUGGUGAACGGGGAGAUGUCACCAGUUGUAGAUGGGAAAAACGCUUUUCUUCAGGACAACACUGCCAGGACACAAUUAAUUCCUGCCGACAACAUUCGAGCUUUGUUAAAUGAGGAACAAGAGCACGUCGAACGUGCCUUGGAUAUCCUGAAUGACCGCACGAAAUGGGUCUUUCCCGGUUCGGAGUCUGACUUGCCUCCACGCAAACUACCUAAGCUCUCGACCAACGUCUUCAUCGCGAAAGCAGACGCAGUGGAGCGACCGUUCACGGACUACAACAUGCGUCCAAAGGUUGCCCAGGGCAGAGACAUGUUCGCGGACGAUCCGUUUUUAGAAAACUUCUUGAAAAACGAGUUCGGGUCAACCACUUACGCAAACGCGAUGCAAGACACGAGUGUGGAUCAUAAAUUUCUCAGUCCCAGGAACCUUGAUGGAAGGAGCCAUAAUCAGGAUCCAUUCCGUGCCUCUGCGGAAGAACUCAACGCUCUGAUUGCUCCGGAACCAGGCUUAGUGGCGCAGUAUCACGAAAGGGUAGCGCAGAAAGCUUUAGAGAAUAAGCUGGUUCAGGAUCAUGCUCAUAGUGAGUCAGAAGAAGAACUACGAGAUCCGGGUUUUAAGGAGCAAUUGCGCAUAGGAACGCCGACUUCAUAUGCGACUUCCAAGAAGAGCAGUGUUGGGGCUAAAGCGAGGGCGCAAGAACUCGCCUUACUCCAAGAACUAGAGAACGAAAGACAAACUGCAGAACAACUCCAGCAUUUAGGCGACUUCGAAACAGGGCAAGACGCAAUCGAGGUGAGAAAGCGUGCUAUUCUGGCGGCGAACGGAUCCAAGAGUGUGAGUAAAGCUCAGAUCGGGCGUUGGGAUUACUACCCGUCGGCGAUCAUAGAACCAAGUGGAAAAGACGACACAGUAGCAAGGUUGUUGCAGCUAGGGUUUGGGGAAGAGGUAGAAGACUUCUACGACAAUGAUCCCAUAAAUGCGAAUCUGGACCCAGCGAAAAUCCAGCACUACGCACGUGGUCGAAGUUUGGAAUACAAAGCCGUUGUAAGUUGUGAGAAAAUUAAGCAAGGCACUUUGACUCUGUCUCCCCGUGUGCCUUUUCGUGGCGAAGGAAGAGAUCAGCGUAGCCUGUUGCCAGAGAACGAGUCGCAACUAGUAAAUUGGAUGUCCAUGAUGAACUACGCUGUGAAACACGCACCCACCAACGCCGACGCGCAUGAAAUCGAGCGCCGUAUCGAAGUGAGGAAAAAAGCGGAGGUAGCGGAAGAGGAACGGCAUGCAUGGGAAGAGGCUCAGAGGGAGCGAAGAAGGGCAUUGGAAGAAGCACGCGUGGCAGUGGAAGCAGAAAAAGCAAAACAAAAAGGCACAAACUUACUAGCGGGUGAGGGUAGUGCGGACAGGAAAGACCCUGUGCUGGGAGAUGGAGAAGGUGGGGAAACGAUGUUGGAAAGGUUGCUCGCAGGGGAAGGAGGUACAUUUUAUCAUAGUACGAGUUGCUUCGUAUUCAAUUCUGUUGUCUCAAGUUGUAUCGUACCAAGCCUUUUCCUUUCAUUCUCCACCUCCUACUCAUCUCUCUAACCGCCCUAACGUCUCUUGAACUCCAGCAGGUCCCCAAGAAGACGGCACUUCGUCCACCGCCAAGGCGAAAUCUGAAGAGAAAAAACCAGUCAAUCCUCUUUCAGUCGUGUCGAACCUGCAUCGAAAUAUCAAGAAGAUUGCCCAUCGACUCGCGAAAUCUAGUCCUUAUUUCAUCGCUGAGGAGGAGACACCGGAACAAAAAAGAAAAGCAGCCAGAGAAGCUAAGAUUCUACAGAGACAACAGGCUUUGCAAGCUCACAAAGAAAUAGGAGGUGCUAGUACAAGUGCGGGGAAGGGGAUGAGUACUACAGGGAUGAGUGGCAUGAAUCAGGAUGGCGGUGCUAGUCCCGGCAGCGAUGCAUUUCACAUCACAACAGCUAGUAAUACUGCUUCUAUGAAUCCUUUAGAAGCUUUAUUGGAGCAAGAACCUCUAGAUGUUCGAGGGAGUCCACCUGGCAGUCCCGGCAGCCCUAAAAGUGGAGGACUAGCAAGUCCAGGUAGCCCAACAAGCCCCAGCGCUACAGCUUCAAACGCAGCUAGUCCUCAUGCUAUACUCGGAGGAGCUCCCAGUCCACGACGGUCGAUGACGUUUUCUCUGGCGAUGGCUGGCGAACUGAUCGCGCAGAAAUGCAUGACCGAACAGCGACCUGCAGUGAGGAAGUUGGGGAGUCGAUGGAUGUAAGCGGGUAAGUGGUAGACUACUUGUCUGCGGAAACUCAGACUACGCUUAGUCUACUGUAUGAUAUUCAAAUUUACUUUCAAAGUAGCAUGACGGCAAUUCUGAUAAUGGAGAUUUUUAUUUGAACUUUUUUACGAAUACGCUUACGUAUCUUGAUCUUCUCUUGUUAGAUUCCGCAUAAAUGACAGUCAGAUUGACAUCGUACUUAAUUAGUAUAUUAGAAUUUGGAGGACAAAGACAAUCAUUUUUUCCUAGUAAAUACUUUUCUUGUCGUUAUGACGACGACAUCCAAGCAUACCUACAACAUUGGAUAGAUUUAAUCUUACAAACAUUUGAGCUUAUUUUUAUCAGCGACACCGACACGUUCGUCACUUUUAGCUAGAUAACAUCAAGUGAGUCAGAUAAAACAUCAGAGAAUUCUUCAACAAAGACAGAUUUUACAUUAGAAGACAUGUACCCCGCUCGUCGAUGGAAACAGAAGGAUUGGGCUCUUUAUGUAAAACGUACCGCACAACGUCAACGUACUACAUCACAGAAGUGCUUGAUGGAGCUUGUUGCAUGGAGAUCAAGCAUGAUUGAAU